UUAUUCGCGACGCAAGCAAGUGGAUUGAUCGAUGUCAGCCCGAAAAUUAUACCUCACAGGGUAUAACCUGUUGUUCGCUUCGCUCUGGACAUCCGUCUUCAUCAACGCCGCAUCGAACGCGAAGAACGGCAAACAAAACCUCUUCAACGCAACAGAGUCGCAAGCGCGAUGGAUUCAGACAGCUUCCUUGAUCGAAGUUCUACACUCAGCCACCGGCUUGAUCAAGUCGCCAGUAAGCACCACAGCUCUACAAGUCGUCACACGAGUGAUACAAGUAUGGAUGGUUUGGUACAGCUUUCCUAUCAGUACUGCUAGCUCGAGUGCGUAUUUGGCGCUGUUGUUGGCAUGGAGUGUGGCGGAUACUUUGAGAUAUUUGUACCUGGCCGCCAAUCUCUGGAACAAGGCACCGGGGUGGCUAGUUUGGGUGAGGUAUACGAUGUUCUAUCCACUCUACCCCAUUGGUAUUGGUGCCGAGUGGUGGCUGCUGUACAGGGCGAUUGGACCUGCUGGCGAGAUCAAUUCCGUGAUACCACCAAUCUUCUGGUUCUGUUUGAUGCUAUAUAUUCCUGGGUCGUAUAAGAUGUAUACGUACAUGAUCAAGCAGCGUGAAAAGACGCUUCACAGUCAAAAGAAGAAUAUCUAAGAGCGUGUACCGAUAGAGUGCUAACUCUUCAGUAUUGUGCUGGCUGCUAUACGCCAUUGGUAACACCAACGAUGAUUCAAGGCUUUGUUGUUCUCUGGCGUACCGCCUGAGAAAGAGGGGAAAAUCCAUUUUCAUAUCUCUUCUCUAAGAGAUCUGGGCUAGCUCUAGUUAGUGUAUGUACGCUAAACAUUUUGACACGUCACAUCGUGUCAGCUUAC